AUGACUUCUGCAGGUGCACCAAUCUUUACAACUUCUCGCCUCCAAGGAAAAGUUGUGGUAAUCACUGGAGCAUCAGGAGGUAUUGGUCGUUCGGCUGCUAUCUUGUUCGCUCGUGCAGGUGCAAAUGUCGUCUUGAGCGCACGUAGAAAAGACGCAUUAGAAGAAGUGGAAAGUGCAUGCAAGCAAGCCUACAAAGCCCAAGGUGAACAAAUUGCAGGAACAAAAGGUGGAAAGACUGCUUCGAUCGUAACGGAUAUGCGUGAUCGUAAAAGUAUCGAUGGUUUGCUUACAAACUUACCUGAUUGGGCUCAAGGUAAGACCGACAUUUUGAUCUCAAACGCAGGUCUGGUAAGAGGACGUGAACAUGUGGGAGACAUUAAUCCAGAUGAAAUUGACGAAGUCUUGGAGACAAAUGUCAGAGGAUUCAUCCACGUCAACCAACUAUUCGUAAAAGAAUUCAAAAAGCGUAAUGCAGGUCACAUUGUCGCAAUUGGUUCGAUUGCAGGUAGGGAAGCCUAUCCUGGAGGAUCAAUCUACUGUGCUAGCAAAUUUGCCGUUGCUGCUUUCACUUCAUCAUUGCUAAAAGAAUUGGUCAAUACACAAAUCCGGGUAACCGAAAUUCAACCCGGAAUGGUUGAAACCAAUUUCUCCGUUACCCGUUUCAGAGGUGAUCAAGCUCAAGCUGAUAAGGAAUACACUGGUUUGACUCCUUUGACGCCUGAUGAUAUUGCUGAAGAUAUCGUCUUUGCAUGCUCAAGACCUGAUCAUGUUCAAGUUGCUCAAAGCUUGAUUUUCCCUGUCAAUCAGGCAUCACCUUACCAUAACUUCCGCGGUGGCAGCAAGUAA